AUGCUGCGGCUCAGGGCGCUUCGCCCUACGAAUGACAAGAUAGUGAAGAUUCAAUUGCACCCGACGCACCCGUGGCUUGUCAGCGCCGAUGCGUCGGAUCACGUCUCGGUGUGGAAUUGGGAGCAUCGUCAGGUGAUUUACGAGUUGAAAGCUGGGGGUGUCGAUCAGAGGCGUUUGGUUGGCGCCAAAUUGGAGAAACUGGCUGAGGGAGAAUUUGAGCCUAAGGUAAAACGAGCAGAAGCUAUACGAGGAGGAAGUGUUAAACAGGUUAGCUUUUAUGAUGACGAUGUACACUAUUGGGAGCUGUGGCGUAAUUACUCUGCUGCUGCUGAAGCUCCAGCAGCUGUUGACAAUGUCGCUAAAGCUUUUAGUUCGCCUCCCCCAUCAACAAAAGGUCGACAUUUUCUGGUGAUAUGUUGCGAAAAUAAAGCUAUUUUCCUAGAUUUGGUAACAAUGCGCGGCCGUGAUGUUGCAAAACAGGAACUGGACAACAAACCUCUUCUAUGUAUGGAAUUCCUUUGCAAAUCAGCUGCUAGUGACGGUCCUCUUGUGGCAUUUGGUGGAUCAGAUGGCGUAAUCAGAGUUCUUUCCAUGUUAACUUGGAGGCUUUACCGAAGGUAUACAGGAGGUCACAAGGGUUCAGUUGCUUGUUUGAUGACUUUCAUGGCUGCUACAGGAGAGGCCCUGUUGGUUUCUGGUGGCAGUGAUGGCUUACUUGUGGUUUGGCAAGCAACUCAUGGCCAAGAUUCCAAGGAACUUGUACCUAAGCUUAGCUUAAAGGCACACGACGGUGGAGUAACGGCCAUUGAAAUUGCUCGAGUGUCCGGCGCCCCGCCAUAUCUUAUUACCAUUGGUGCAGACAAGACCUUAGCCAUUUGGGACACAGUUUCAUUUAAGGAAUUGCGUCGGAUGAAACCUGUUUCAAAGAUGGCCUGCAAUAGUGUAGCAUCAUGGUGCCAUCCUCGAGCUCCAAAUCUUGACAUCCUGACUUGUGUUAAAGAUUCCCAUAUCUGGGCGAUUGAGCACCCGACUUAUUCAUCUCUAUCAAGGCCAUUAUGCGAACUUACUUCAUUAGUUCCGCCACAAUUACUUGCAUCUCGGAAGAAGCUCAAGGUUUACUCCAUGGUUGCACAUUCUUUACAACCCCAUCUUGUUGCAACUGGGACCAACAUCGGUAUUCUUAUCUGUGAAUUCGAUGCCAAAGCACUCCCACCUGUUGCUCCAUUGCCAGCAAAACCAGGAAGCAGAGAAAAUGCUGCAUUGUACCUAGUGGAUAAGGAAUUGAAACUCUUGCAAUUUCAACCAUCUAACACCCAAAAUCCAUCUCAAGGAAGCCACAUGAAUGAUGCAGGAAGAGUUAGCAGCGACAAGCCGGAACAACUCCAAGUAACGCAAACUAAAAAGCAUAUUAGUACUACCAUACCACAGGAUUCAUACUCAGUUCUUUCGGUGAGCAGCUCAGGAAAGUACCUUGCUAUUGUAUGGCCGGACAUUCCCUACUUCUCAGUAUACAAGGUCAGCGACUGGAAAAUAGUCGAUUCGGGUACUGCAAGAAUCUUGGUUUGGGAUACUUGCAGAGACAGGUUUGCCUUGAUGGAGUCUGCAUUGCCUCCUAAAAUGCCUGUACUUCCUAGAGGCAGCUCGUCGAAGAAAGUGAAGGAAGCUGCAGCUGCAUAUGCAGCACAAGCUGCAGCAGCGGCUUCAAUGGCUUCAUCUGCCAGUGUUCAAGCUCGAAUUUUGUUAGAGGAUGGAACAUCAAACAUAUUGAUGAGAUCAGUUGGUAAACGGGGCGAGCCCAUUUCUGGUUUGCACGGUGGAGCUCUGCUUGGGAUUUCCUAUCGAACAUCUAGAAGAAUAGGCUCAUUCAGCUCUGCUGCAGGAUUCAGUGGCAGCAGUCCUCUUCUAGCGGACGAUGUCUAUCCUCCUCAUCCUCGAAAAUCUCCUGAAGCAGAACCUAUGAGUUUUCAACUAUAUAGCUGGGAAACCUUUGAACCUAUUGGAAGCCUUCUGCCUCAACCAGAAUGGACAGCAUGGGAUCAAACUGUCGAGUAUUGCGCAUUCGCCUAUCAAAAUUAUAUCAUUAUAUCUUCUCUACGCCCCCAGUUUCGAUACUUAGGGGAUGUGGCGAUCCCUUUUGCCACCGGGGCUCUUUGGCACAGAAGGCAGCUAUUUGUCACUACUCCAACGACAAUCGAGUGUGUCUAUGUCGAUGCUGGUGUGUCUCGCAUUGACAUAGAAACUAAAAGGAAGAAAGAAGAGAUACGUAUUCAAGAGGCACAAUCGCGGGCUUUUGCAGAGCACGGCGAGUUGGCGCUAAUAUCAGUCGAUAGCCUGCAAUCAGCAUCUGAGGAGAGGAUAGCCUUGAGACCUCCAUUGCUGCAAGUCGUCCGGCUAGCUUCUUUUCAGCAUGCCCCUUCGAUACCUCCUUUCUUAACAUUACCGAGACAGCCUAAAGUCGAAAGCGAUGAUUCAUCUACACCAAAAGAGAUGGAAGAGCGAAAAGUGAAUGAGGUUGCUGUUGGUGGUGGUGGGGUUGCUGUUGCUGUUACUAGAUUUCCGGCAGAGCAAAAAAGACCGGUCGGGCCUCUUGUCAUUGUUGGGGUAAGAGACGGCGCCCUCUGGCUGAUUGAUCGAUACAUGCGCGCCCACGCUAUAUCACUCAGCCAUCCUGGAAUCCGGUGUCGAUGCCUUGCAGCCUAUGGAGAUGCUGUUAGUGCAGUUAAAUGGGCAAGCAGGCUCGGUAGAGAACAUCACGAUGAUUUGGCGCAGUUUAUGCUCGGGAUGGGUUACGCCACUGAAGCUCUUCACUUGCCCGGGAUAUCGAAGAGGUUGGAGUUUAAUCUAGCUAUGAAGAGCAAUGAUCUGAAAAGAGCCCUUCAGUGCAUUCUAACAAUGAGCAACAGUAGGAACAUGGGACAAGAAGCUUUGGGUUUGGACUUGAACGACAUUAUGAAUCUGUCGUCGAAGAAGGAAAAUGUCGUUGAUGCUGUUCAAGGAAUAGUUAAAUUCGCCAAGGAGUUUCUCGACCUCAUCGAUGCUGCUGAUGCCACCGGACAAACAGAAAUCGCUCGAGAAGCUCUCAAGAGAUUAGCUGCAGCAGGCUGUGUUAAAGGAGCUUUGAAAAAACACGAGCUUAGAGGACUCGCUUUACGCCUUGCAGAACACGGAGAGUUAACGCGCCUUGGGAACUUGGCGAACAAUCUGGUGUCGAUUGGAUUGGGACGAGAGGCUAGUUUUGCAGCGGCUCUCUUAGGAGACAAUGUACUCAUGGAAAAGGCUCUGCAGGAAACAGGGAUGCUUGCGGAGGCUGUGCUGCACGCUCAUGCGCAUGGUCGGCCUCAAAUAAGGGGCCUCGUUCAGACAUGGAACACGACGCUGCAGAAAGAGAUGGAGCACGUUCCGUCCGCCAAGAUCGAUGCUACGGCUGCACUCUUGGCCUCCUUUGAUGCAUCCAAGCUCACAAGCCUGCAAGAUUCAGCACGGAAGCUUCCUAUCGAAAUUCUGCCUCCGGGAAUGGCAUCUUUAUACGGUCCCAAUCCCGGUUUUGGCUCGAAAAAGCCCGGUGCUGCCAUCAAGAACUCCUUGCAGCAUCCUGGGAAACCAUUGAUGCUGGAAGCUGCACCUCAAACUACCUCCACUCUGUCAGAUGACGCUGCUGCGGCGCUUCCCUUGACUGAAUCAGACGGAGCGACUUCAACUGAACCACGCGCCGAGCCCUCAACGGAAUCCCGCGCUGAGCCUGCAACUGACUCAGGCGAUCAACUGAACUCUGCCGGCGAGGCAGCUGGUGGUGAAGAUUCAUCGAUACCGGAUGAGCCUACUGCUCCGAAUUUGGAAUCAAAGGCUGCUCCGCCACAACCGGAGCUGGAAGGACCAGAAUCAGAACCAACUGCUCUGGAGUCGGAAUCGAACAUCGUCGAAAGUGUGGAAGAAAAUCAAGAGCAGGCGUCGCCAGCACCAAGCAAUGCAGAGACUACAGAAACAAAAGAAACUGCAUCAGCAGCAUCUACACAACAAGAAGGAAAUAAUAAAGCAGCAGAAGUAGCCCAUGGCGAAUUCCCUAUGAUCGACUUCACAUAAGUAAGAAAGGUC